GAACUGAGGACUGAACCCAGGAGUCCUGGCUCGCAGCCCCCCAUCUCCUCUUGCUCUAACCACUAGACCCCACUCCCCUCCCAGCAGGGGCCAGAGGAAUGCACACCCCCGCCCCAUCCAGCCCUCGUCCCCAGCCUCUUGCUGCAGCCAUCUCAGAAGCUCAGGCCACAAAACUUUCCACCGGCCCCCCCCGAGGUGACAUUUCCGGAGGAUGCUGAGGCUGAGCUGAGCUGGGCUGCGGAGCUCCCCAGAGAGCAGGGACCAUGGAGCAGCUGCCAGGCCUGAGCACCGUCCUCUGCGCCGUCCUCCUCAUCCCCAACUGGGGAGCAGGUCUCACAGUGCGUCAGAGCCCCGCUGUCCUCCGAGCGUCCCCCGGCGAGACCAUGAACCUCAGCUGCUCCUUCGAGUACAGACGGGGCAGCGUGGACAAAGUGAUUUGGACCAUAGGAAGCAGAGUUGUGCUGGAUUCUCACCAUCCCUUCUACCGCGGACGGCUCAAUAUGUCCGACCUGGAUCUGCUUCGGAAAGGCGAGGCCACGCUGACCCUAUUGGACCUGGAGCCGCGGGACUCUGGUCGCUAUCAGUGUCAGAUCAGCAUCUGCCAGGAAUACAGAGGGACAGAGAGCUGGACAGGAGCGGGCACCAAGCUGCAGGUGAUGAAGAGAAACCAGAGUGACACAGGUCUCACAGUGCUUCAGAGCCCCGCUGUCCUCCGAGCGUCCCCCGGCGAGACCGUGAACCUCAGCUGCUCCUUCGAGAACAGACAGGGCAGCGUGGUCAAAGCGACGUGGACUAGAGCACCCGGGGUUGUGCUGGAAUCUGACCAUCCCUUCUACAGCGGACGGCUCAAUGUGUCCUUCCGGGAUCUGCUCCGGAAAGGGGAGGCCACGCUCACCCUGUCGGAGUUGGAGAAGAGGGACUCUGGUCUCUAUCAGUGUCAGAUCAGCAUCCACCAGGGAGAGCGCGGGACAGGAGCGGGCACCGAGCUGCAGGUGACGGGGAGAAACCAGAGUGACACAGGUCUCACAGUGCUUCAGAGCCCCGCUGUCCUCCGAGCAUCCCCCGGCGAGACCGUGAACCUCAGCUGUUCCUUCGAGAACAGACAGGGCAGCGUGGCCAAAGCAACGUGGACUAGAGCACCCGGAGUCGUGCUGGAAUCUCACCAUCCUUUCUACAAGGGGAGGCUCAAUGUGUCCGACCUGAAUCUGCUCCGGAAAGGGGAGGCCACGCUGACCCUGUCGGAGUUGGAGAAGAGGGACUCUGGUCUCUAUCAGUGUCAGAUCAGCAUCCACCAGGGAGAGAGCGGGACAGGAGCGGGCACCGAGCUGCAGGUGAUGGGGAGAAACCAGAGUGACAUAGGUAAAGAACCUGCCCCCGUAGGGUGCUGCGCCCGGGAACUCCUGUAUCAGGUCGCCAUCGCCCUGGGGCUUCUUCUCAUCCUCGGCCUGGCGGCCACCCUCCUCCUGAAGAGACACCGAGCGCUGCCCCCCGUGCAACCCCGCCAGCGGCAGCCGAAGGGCCACGGCAGCAGGGGGGCCGAGGAGAGCGAGAGCCUGCACUACGCAGAGAUUAAAUUCCAGUCUCGAGGACGCAGGGAACACACCUCCAACCACGCCCAGCGGCGCUGAGUCCCUCCGCACCCAGCACCACCUGAGUCCCUCACACUCACAGCCACGCCGCCACGAGGGAAUUCCCCACAGGAGGAGACCCUCACAGGGUUUGAGGGAGAGCAGAAGAAAAUUAUGGGCGUGAAGGUCCCUGUGAACCCCAACAAAAACCAACUAGCCCUCUCUACGGCAGGCAAUAAUCGACUAGGGCAUGGUCUGACCUUCAGGAAAUGCCUUCUCCGGGGCCUCCUGGAUAUAACUAUAUCACGUCCCUGUGUGUUAUUUCCCUGUCCUCUCUGGAGUGAUUGCAACGCCUCCCUGUGGAGCGUGACCAGCUGGGGGUAAUUAACGCAGCGUCUGGUCCCUCUUCCUAACUGAGCACGAGGAGAAACGCUAGCCCAGCUCAGCAUGGUGU